AAAACAAAUUUCACCAGAUUGUGUCAAUAGUUCUCAGUUGAUCAAACUAUACCCAAUGCUUAAAUGGGUUUCCGACUUUUCUUUAGUUUUUUGAUGUUAAUUUCGUUGGAAUUUUCAUAUUUUGUUUUACUAGAAACAUGUCCAACGCAGGAAGGCCAAACUUCAAUUACGGAAUUGAGGACUAAAAUUUCCUUGGAAUCCAUUGACAACCAGAGUGCCUUAGGUGUGGAUAGUCAAAGUCAUUCUGUGGAAAACAAAUUAAGACAAUUGCGUUCUACAUCGGCUGAAGAAGAAAAUUCUGGAGAACAGAAAGGACCAGUCGAGGAUAUAGCAGCAAUAAAACAAAUUGUCGAUCUUCUGAGAAAUGUUGGCCAAAGAGUCAUACCUAUUGUAAUGCAAGGUGCAUCAGUAUUGAACAAUCUUCUUUCAAAUUUGGAUGCAUAAAUG